UUCAUGCGUCAUGCGUGAGAAAUAUCAUCAAACAAUUGCUUUUAAUCCUCGAAUUUCAGAAAUUAAUUUUUUGCAACAAAUGGAUUACCAAGCUAUGGGAUUCGUCGUGGCAAUCCUUGUAUGCGCAGCGUGGGCGGCCGCGAUCCGCCGCCGCCGGAAAAACCUCCCGCCAGGUCCACGGCGGUGGCCGGUGUUCGGUAACAUAUUCCAGAUGAUCAGCGGCGCCUCGGCGCCGCACCGAUUGCUAGCCGAGCUGGCCAAACAGCACGGAGCCGUGAUGACAAUCCAGCUCGGCUCGAUGACCACAGUAGUCGUCUCGUCGAGCCAGGCGGCUCGAGCCAUGUUCAAGAGCCACGACGCCGUUUUAGCCGGACGGAAAAUCUACGACUCGCUGAAGGGCGACGUGAGCCACGACGGCUCGCUCAUAGUCGCCCAGUACGGCCCGCGGUGGCGCACGCUGCGGCGGCUCUGCGCCGCCGAGUUCUUCUCAGCGGCUCGGCUCGACGCCAUGCGCCACGUCAGGGCGGCGUGUGUGGACGAGGUUGUGGAACAUGUAAAGGCGGCGGCGGCCGGAGACGCCGCCGUCGAUUUCGGAAAAUUGUUUUUCGUGAUGGCGUUUAACCUGAUCGGAAACCUAGUUUUUUCCCGGAAUCUUGUCGAUCCGGCGUCGGAAAGAGGGGCCAAGUUCUUCUACCACGCCGGAAAAACGAUGGAGUGGGCAGGGAAGCCGAAUUUUGCUGAUUACUGGGGAUGUCUGAAAUGGUUCGAUUUUCAGAGGAUCAGAAGAACAACUCAGUUCCACGUGAAACAAGCUUUCGACGUCGCCGGAGAGUUUCUCCGGGAAAGAAUGGAAGAUUCUGGAAGGUCCCAGAAGGAUUACCUUGACGUGUUGUUGGAGUACCGUGGAGAUGUUCUAGAAGGUUCCACCAUCAACGUGAUCGUCUUCGAAAUGUUCACGGCGGGGACGGACACGACGACGAGCACGUUAGAGUGGGCGAUGACGGAGCUCCUCCGUUCGCCAGCGGCGCUGGCGAAAGUCCAAUCGGAGCUACGAUCGGCGAUCGGCUCCGGCGAGAAGGUGACGGAAGGCGACCUGGAGAAUCUGCCGUAUCUAAAAGCAGUGAUCAAGGAGACUCUCCGGCUCCACCCGCCGCUGCCAUUUCUGGUUCCCCGCCAGGCGAUGGAGCCGUGCAAAUUUGAGGGGUUCCAUAUUCCGGCGGGGACUCAGAUUCUGGUGAAUGUGUGGGCCAUAGGGCGGGACCCGGAGACCUGGAGAGAUCCCCUGGAAUUCCGGCCGGAGAGGUUUCUGGACGCCACGGCGGCGGAUUACAAGGGGAAGCAUUUCGAGUUCUUGCCGUUCGGGGCGGGCCGGCGGAUCUGCCCGGCGGUUCCGCUUUCCGACCGGGUUCUGCCGCUGGCGCUCGGGUCGGUUCUCCACCGGUUCGAUUGGCGGCCGGCGGCGGAAAUUGAUAUGAGGGAGAGAAUGGGAAUUACGCUAAGGAAAGCUGAGUCACUCAAGGCUGUACCUUCUGCUUAUGUUUGAGGUUGAACUGUGUUUUUAUAUAAUGGGCUUUUUCGAAGUGAUUAAAUUAGGCCCAUGAUGAAAAAUAGAAUGGGCCUUUUAGGCAUGGGAGAAUGUAUUGUGUGUUUUUCACCGUGUCAAAAUAUUAUACAAAUACAAAUAAAACACACUUUGUAUGUUUUCUUUGAAA